CAUGGGGCGGCAAGGGUCGGCGAUAAACUAAUCCAUUCCAUAUGGACACCCAACCCAACAAAACAAAGGGAAGGGGCGGCGGCGCCGGCGAGUCAUCGUCACUCCUCACUCCUCAGUCACCUCACCCUCUCGGUCGCCGGGGCGAUGAGUCUGAGCGGCGGCGGCGCGCCGGACUCCCGCGUGGAGACCAUCUCCCGGCUGGCGCAGUGGCGCAUCGACACCCUGGGCCCCUGCUCCUUCCGCCGCUCCGACCCCUUCAAGCUCGGCAUCUGGAACUGGUACCUGUCGGUGGAGAAGAGCCGCUCCGUGUGCAUCCGCCUCUUCCCGGAGCCCGGCCGGGUCGCCAAGGAGCAGCCCCCUCUCGCGCGGUUCCUGCUCCGCGUCUCCUGGCCCGGCCCGCCGCGCCGCUCCUGCGCAUCCCCUGUGCAAGAGCAUCUUCUCCGAACCAGUGAUGACUUUGUCUGGCAAGUCGAUGCCAUAUCCCAUGGGCGUUUCACAAUCGAUGUUGAGUUUCUGGAGCUGAGGAUAGCCACUAACAAUGGUACCGAAUCAUCUUCGUCGAUCUGGCCGAACGAAGGCAUGGUGCAGAGGAUUGCUGGUAAGAGCACUCUGGGAUGCCUUUCCCGCAUGCUGACAGAGUCCAUCCACACCGACGUGACCAUCAACACGACUGAUGGCAUCCUCAAGGCCCACAAGGCUGUCCUGGCAGCUUGCUCUCCCGUGUUUGAGAGCAUGUUCGUGCACGAUCUCAAGGAGAAGGAGUCGUCCACGGUCAACAUCAACGACAUGUGCCUGGAGUCCUGCUCGGCGCUCCUCGGCUUCAUCUACGGGACGAUCAAGCAGGAGCAGUUCUGGAAGCACCGGCUGUCGCUGCUGGCCGCGGCGAACAAGUACGGCAUCGGCGACAUCAAGGACUGCUGCGAGGAGAGCCUGCUGGAGGACAUCAACUCGAGCAACGUCCUGGAGAGGCUCCACGUGGCGUGGCUGUACCAGCUGGGGAGGCUGAAGAAAGGGUGCCUCAGCUACCUGUUUGUGUUUGGGAAGAUUUACGACGUGAGGGAUGAGAUCCAUAGCUUCUUCCAGCACGCGGACCGCGAGCUGAUGCUGGAGAUGUUCCAGGAGGUGCUCAGUGUCUGGAAGCCCAUAUGAUAUGACUGACAGACUGAGCCGUCGGACCGACCCUCUGGGUACAAGCAUUGUGCUUCCAGUUUAAGUAUGGUGGCUUGUUCAGUUGCAAUGUAGUGUAAAUAUGUAUUUAUGUAGUGUAAAUAUUUGAAAGGUUGGUAGGAAUGUGGUGAAGGCAGAAUCAUCCUUGCUUAAGAUCCAAACACACCCUAAGUGGUAAGGAAGGAUAAUGCGUAUUCCUUGUGGGGUUUGCAAGUGAUUUUGGUGUCCUUGUCAAAUAUAGGCUGCUCUGGAUUGAGUCAGGGAUGUGUGUAGCAAUCCACGCGGUUGGUUAUCCUAUAUGUAUGUUUUGUCUGGAAGAAGCCAGCCAUGCAUCUUUGGCGUGCUGUGCUGUACUAUAUGACUGACUGUUAAUCGAGAAUUGCCUUAAUGAAUUGGUCUUAGAAUUUGGAUGA